UUAUUAUAUAGAUCCCUGGAAAACGGCCUAUGCGACACACCCUCUCAGGCGACGCAGUUUCAAGUAAUCGCGACGGGAAUUUAUCCGCCAUUGAUCGAUUUGCACACAACGAUAAUGUCAAAUCGUUGACAUUUAUUCAAACAACUUGGCAUUCAUGUGCAUCCAUGCAACUUGUCUCUUUAAAUUUCACCAUUGAAAAUUCUCCAAACCAAUCAAAGAGGACCGAGAUUGUUUAUACACGGAAAUCGAAAAAUGACUGCUACCGUCCCGUUGAUAUUGGCCGAGGAGGAUAUUGAACGAGGUGGCAAAGAACAAUCCGAACAUGAUAUACAAAAUGAUUUUGCAUACAAUAAUAAUGUCCACAAUGCAACUAUUACUAUACGAAUGGGCUUUUUGCGGAAAGUAUAUGGUUUAUUAAGCAUGCAGCUGUUGAUGACAGUUGCAGUAGGCUCAAUAUUUAUGAUGAGUUCAACUGUAAAAUUAUAUGUACAAGAAAAUUUAUGGACUAUGGCUUUGGCAUUUAUCUUGACAAUAGGUAUAUUGGUUGGUUUGCUCUUUAAAAGAAAGGAUCAUCCUACUAACUUGAUUCUUUUGGUCAUAUUUACUCUGGUGCAAUCAUACACUGUUGGAGUUGUGGUAUCCAUGUAUGAUACCUCAGUAGUCCUGGAAGCUUUAUUCAUAACAUUGACAGUUCUGCUUGCCUUGACAGCUUAUACUUUUCAAACAAAACGAGAUUUCUCAUUUAUGGGAUUCGGGUUGUUCAUUGGGCUCUGGUGUCUUUUGAUUGGUGGUUUCAUACAAAUUUUUGCUCACAGCACCGCACUGGAACUGGCUAUAAGUAUCGGUGGUGCACUCUUGUUUUGUUUGUUUAUCGUCUUCGACACGCAAAUGAUAAUGCACACUCUCUCAGCUGAGGAGUAUAUCCUGGCCACGAUUAAUAUAUAUUUAGAUAUAAUCAACUUAUUCCUGCACAUAUUGCGAGCUCUCGCCAUCUCGAAACAAUAAGUUAAGAGUAUUACUUCCUAUUAUUGUUUGUAGAUAACGCUGCAUGGAAAUUACUGGUUAUGCUGUCAAUUUUCUUAUUAUGAUGUAAUUUGGUUUUACUAUAUAAAAUAAAUUUGUAUUUUUAUUUAGAUAUCUCUGAGAUAUAAGAAUAU